CACCCCGUCAUGUUAAUCAAGCGGUUUUUUUCCCCAUUCAGCACAGCUCAGAACAGGCAGCUUUCCUCACUUCAGUGUCUCCCUGCCGAGUAUGUGAGAUGGACAAUGUCUACGGCAACGCAGAAAUAGUGUUCUCUCACCUGGAGAAGAGGCAAGCGGCAGAUCUCUUCAAAGGACAUCAGGAUAUCUAUGCCAAUGCUGCUGAACAGGAGUCAAGAGAGAAACAGAACUGCCCUGUCGAACACACAGGCUCCUCUCCUCUUUCUGCAGCAGAGAACAGUGGCGCCCCCUGCAGGUGCAGCCUGGCCCUGCUAGCUGUACUCUGCCUCGCUCUGCUGGGUGGUCUCACUGCCCUGGGGAUCCUGUACGUUCAGAAAAGCAACCGAUCGAAUGCCCUGGAGGACAAGAACAGGGAACUCUCCAUCUCUCUGUCUUCUGUGGAGCAGAGGCUAGCAGGAACCGAAAGAAAGUUGGAGGAACUGCAAGUGAGACACAGAAAUGCGUCAGAAACACUCUCUGCUUAUCGAGACAUAAAGAGAAAUCUGGAGGAGCUGCAAGUCAAGCAUACAGAUCUGUUGAAAACUAUUUCCCAUUACAAUGCUAUGGACGGAUGUGCAUGCCUCACUGGAUGGAGAUUACACCAGGGAAAGUGUUACUUCUUCUCCACUGAUAAGAUGAACUGGUCUCAAAGUCAGGAGUACUGCACCUCGAAGGGAGCACAAUUGGUCAUCAUAAAUAACCAACAAGAACAGAAUUUUGUGUCGUCCAGGAUUAAUGAGACGCACUGGAUUGGGCUGAGCGACCGGAACACAGAGGGGCAGUGGGUCUGGGUGGACGGUACGCCUCUUGACAGAAGCGGAACCCAGUACUGGUGGGCAAAGGAGCCGGACAACUGGAUGGGCGCAGGGGACCCGUCCGGAGAAGACUGCGCAGCUCUGGGGGACCACAACGGAAACCCUGAUCGCUGGUUCGACGCUUCUUGUGGAAAAAUAAAAAAGUUUGUCUGUGAAACACUGCCACGAAUUUGAACGAAUCAGGCCCAGAAUAUCUUGCUUCACCCUGAGGUGGCUAAUCAGUAGCCAUAUCCUCUGAAACACUUAGACUUAUAAAAAGAGUAAUAUGCUGUCAGUAUUUUAAAGUUCAUAUUUAUAUGUGUCCAUGAAAACAUCAGCAGGCUAAGCAUUUUUUGUCAGUGCAGUGGUCAUUUUUCUAAAGCUGUGCUUUCCUAUUAAAACUACUGUAUGUUUUAAAAAAUGUAUAUGCUUGAAAUGUAUGCAUUUUAAGCACAUUGAUAACAUUUAACUUUUCGUUUUAUGCUGUGUGAGCUAUUUUACCAGUGUGCCAUUUGCAUUGGGUGCCUGUGGGUCACUCUGGAUGAGAAAGUCUGUUAAACUCAUGUUAUGUAAUUCUGGAUGUUUCCAUAAGUGUCUCUUAUAUCAUUUGUAUUUCUAGCAUUUGUUGUGUCCGCAGAUUUUGUGCUGUGGGUACUGUUUGUAGUAUCCAUAGUAAUUAAGUGCUGUAAAUGUACCUGUGGACUCCCUGAUGUGUCCUGUGAUAUAGUCUUAUGUUGGCAGUUAUGUACAAAUCAUUUUGCUUCUUUAUGAAAGUUACUGUGUUUUUUAAAAUGUCAAAUCUGCCCAAAACUGUAGUUUGUGCAGACUCACUUGGGUCAUGUACAGCUAAAGGUAUAAAUAAAUGAAGGGGUCACCUGUGUGGAACUCUUCCGAGGUUCUCUGACUCUGAGAACACACAGGUGUGAGAAGUAGUUGGAGCUCAAGGGAGAUGACGCCUGUGAUGAGUGUCUGGCGCCCUCUAGUGUUCUGUGUUUUCUAUGCCUCUGUUUUUUGGGGGGGUUUUUUUUGCUUG